AUGGAAGGUCAAUUUAUUGCAGAUAAAGAAAUUGGUUCAGGUUCCAAUAAAACAAACCCACCAGGAUUUUGGAUUGGUUUCGAUGACGCUUUCUAUGCAGUUGCUGGAUAUCAAAUCCUUGCAAAUGGUCGUAUCGUAUAUUCUCAAGACAACGCAAGAGAAGAAGCAUAUAUAACUUCAAACUCACAAACUACCGAACAAAUAAAGAAAGUAGAUGUUUUCUCAAAGACUCGACAUAAAGAUGUAUGGAGUCAUUCGGGAACAUGCAGAACAGGACAAAUUGUUAGUGGUCCAAUUACAGCAGGAAAAUCAUUUGAUUUUAAGCUUCGUUUAAGAAUUCCUGUUAGAAGAUUCCUUCCAUUAGAAGCUAUUCGAUUUAUUCCAGCUUUUGCAGGAAACAUUCAGCUUAAAGUAAAGUUCAGUAGCGACGCCUUACAAUGCACAUCUAUAUCUGUAAAUGAUAUCAUUGCUUUCAAUCCAACUCUUAAA